UUGCUACUGGUAAUUGUGAGAUUUAUCGAUGAUAAGCUAAAAAGUUGUGUAAUUUUCUAUAUGGAUUAGCUGUGGCCAUUACCGGUGUUAAAAUGUUAGAAUAAUUAUGUUACGGUAUGCACAUGCACACAAUAAAAUUCACGUUUAUCUCUUUAACUUAAAUUGCAUGUUUGACUAUUAUUUACUUCCGGUGGUGCAGCAAUUGUCACAUUAGCUUGCAAGUAUUCCAUAUAAUCGCAUGAUAUUCACUUUUCUAAAUUAUACAUAGUUCAAACGCAGGUUUAACUUAGUGUUCAGUUUCAUUUGAAAGCGGUAGAGAGUGAGUGAACAGUUCGAGUGAAAAAAGUAGUAAGUACAAUAAUUUCACAAUUAGAUUGAAGUGGUAGUUAAAGUGGUGGAAAUAUUCCGACAUGGUGGCCAAAGACAGAGAAAGUGACAAAGCAGCUGAAGCCGAGGUGAGCGUGGAGGAGAAGCCGUUGAACAAAGAUGCCGCCAUCUUGUAUAAAGACAAGACUUUUGGGGAGAAGCUCACCUACAUACGAGGGAACAUCACCGUGGAGCCGCUUCUGGCUGGCCUCAUCGUGCCUAGCAUCAUAUCCAGGUUCGCGAUGGGCAAUCUGAACCUGGACAAGGCGUGUCGCGUCAACCUGGAGUUCGGCGACGUAGUGUGCGACGCGCUCAUCGCCAGAGACAACAACAACUACUCCUCAUACGAGAAAGAAGUUCAGAAGCUCAUCUCAUCUAUCGACAUUUGGAAAGGCAUAAUCCAGACUCUAGUGCCGUGCCUCCUCAUCAUGUUCCUAGGAGCGUGGAGCGACAGGACAGGGAAGCGGAAAGUAUGCAUCCUACUGCCGAUUUUCGGAGAAUUCAUCACGUCGCUGAACAACAUCGUGAACGUGUACUUCUUCUACGAGAUUCCUGUUCAGAUCACGGUACUCCUGGAGACGGUGUUCCCCGCGUUCACGGGGGGCUGGGUCACCAUGUUCCUCGGCGUGUUUGCGUACAUCAGCGACAUCACGACAGAAGAAGCCCGCACAUUCCGAGUGGGUCUUGUCAACUUCUGCAUGACGGUGGGGGUCCCUAUCGGCAUCUCCCUCAGUGGGAUCCUGCUGAAGAUGUUCGGCUACUACGUCAUCUUCUCCACGACGAGCGUCAUGUUCUUCUUUGUGCUGAUGUACGGGCUGUUCUGCUUGAAGGAGCCCGAGCAGUUGCUGAUAGAGAAAGGAGAACCAGUGCCAGACCGCACCAACAGCCCGGAUGUAUCAUUUUUCGAUUUGUCUCACGUUGUGGACACUGCCAGGGUGGCUUUCAGACGACGAGAUGGGAAAAAAAGGACGAAAAUUAUUCUGUCUCUUUUCAUCGUGUUUAUCGUGUAUGGACCAAGCAUGUCUGAGCACACAAUCUUCUACUUGUACGUGCGGAACCGCCUCAACUGGGACAUGGUGAAGUACAGUCUGCUGGUGAGCUACUCUGUGGUGCUGCAUUCUUUCGGCGCCCUAUUCUCGAUCACGGUGCUGAGCCGGCGGCUGCAGGUGGACGACUCUCUCCUCUGCCUCAUCUCGUGCGUCAGCAAGUUCGUCGGCUCCCUGUGGACCGCCUUCGUCACUACGGAUUUGGAGAUGUACUUAUUACCCGUAGUGGAAAUAUUGAACGCCACCACAUUUACCUCUCUACGCUCCAUCAUAUCAAAAUUGGUGGAUAAACAGGAAAAUGCAAAAAUGAACUCAGUGUUCUCUCUGACGGAGACGGUGGCGUCGCUGGUGUUCCACCCGUUCUACUCGUGGACCUACAUGAAGACGCUGGCCGCGCUGCCCGGCGCCGUGUUCCUCAUCAGCGCCGCGCUCGUCGUGCCCGCCUGCGUCAUACUCGUAAUAUUUUACGUUCAACACAAGCUAGAAUCAAGAAACGCAAGAAAGAAAGCGUUAGAAGCCGAAGAGAAGAGAAGUAACAAUGAAAAAGAAAAGGGUGAAAAAAACUCAUAAAAGUGACUGAUUAAUAUUAUUAUGCAAUUUUGUAUUCUUAAUUUCUUGGAUAGAUUUCUAAAUAAGCUUUAAUGUAUCUAUGAAUUAAUAGUGUGAAGUAGGGACGUUAAGGUAGAAUUGAGUAAUUAGUAUAACUAGAGAUACGCAUUAGAGAACUGUGUUGGAAAGAUUGUAAAUAGUGGAAUCUCCAAAUUACAAAAUCAGAAAUCCCCAAAAUCAGCGUAUGGAAUUGUGUUCAAGAAUCGGAGUAAAAUUUAACGAUAGAGGUACUUUGCUUUAAGCAAGCAGCUGUAAAUAUACAGGAAUUGAAUAUUUUUUAAAAUACAGCUGUAAAUACCUGAUAUAAAUCAUCCUUUUAAGUCUCAUCAACAACUUUUCUUUAAUAUAGUGAAUAUAGGAUUAUUUCCAUGCAAAAUAGGUUGGUAGAUUACUUUGGGCACAAGAUUUUAUUCCAAACUGUUGGAGUAUUAAAGAAGGUAUUUUUUGCAUUAAAGUAUCGAAAUGUGUUGUUGCUGGUUGUGGUUGGGCUGUGAAACUGCGAAUAAUAUCGAAGUUUAUGUAUUGUAGAUGUAAGUUUUUUUUAUAUAUUUACUAUUUUAUUAUUAAGACGAUUGUAAGAUAUAUUAUAGAUUAUUGUGACAAUUUAUAAAUUAAAUUCAACCUUGUUUUUAAUAAAAUUC